AUGCUCAAGAAUAUAUGCACCAAGAGGUGGUAUUCACCUUUGCCCCGGGCUGCAAGACAUAGAGUUCUCCAGCAGAAUAUUGGCAAGUCCAGUAUUCCGGAGGACCUCGGAGUCAUGGCAGGUAGUAGGGCGGUAGGUCAAACUGGUUUUGAUACAAUCAUUAAGCCCAAUGAUGCAGUAGCAACCACCAUCCUAAACGAGCCUACAAUUGUUGUAGAGAGGCAGAUGGAGAUGAUGAACGUAUUUUUAGGGUUCGAGCAGGCCAAUAAAUACGUGAUAAUGGACGCACUGGGGAAUCGCAUCGGAUACAUGCAGGAGAGAGAUUUCGGAAUUGUUAAGGCAGUUAUGCGUCAAUUCUACAGACUACACCGCCCAUUUGUCGUUGAUGUGUUUGACAAUUGGGGGAACGUUGUUCUUACAAUUAAAAGACCCUUUUCUUGGAUAAAUUCGCACAUCAAGGCUAUUCUGCCACAUGCAGUUCCGUUGGAACCUAGUUCUCAGGCCGGAACGACCGCUUCAUCUUUUGGAUCGGUGCCGACUCCACAGUCGACCUCCACGAUGGGAGAGACAGGCACAUUGGUGGGGGAAAGUGUCCAAAACUGGCAUUUGUGGCGGCGUCGGUACGAGCUGUUCGGGCGGGACAGUUCUGUGGGUGAUUCUUUCAAGCAAUUUUCUCAGAUUGAUGCCCCUUUCUUAAGCUUCGAGUUUUCUGCCACGGACGAAGACGGAAAAAUUAUGGCUGGAGUCGAUAGAAACUGGGUGGGGCUCGGUAGGGAACUCUUCACGGACACAGGCGUUUACAUUAUCCGAAUGGACAGCACGCAGAGCUUUUCCGGUGUUUAUCCUCAAGAAACCCUGAGCGAUCACAUCCUCAACCUCGAUCAAAGAGCGGUAUUGCUUGCCAAUGCAGUUUCUAUUGACUUCGAUUAUUUCUCGAGGCAUUCGCGCCAUGGUGGGGGACUCAUCGGAUUUGGAGAUUACGGUGAAUGA